CUAGGGAACACCACUUAGCAGCACCCCUCCAGUGCUUCACCAACCUUGCCAAAAGAUACGCUUUCACGUCCCUAUCUCAUAAGAAUAUGCUUAAGGAUCCUUUGCAACAUUUUUCUGUAAUUUCGCUGCGAAGUAUUUGAAAAAUAUUCGAAAAAUGUUCGAUUCGAUUCGCACUCAAACUUUAAUAUUCGAAUUCACUUCGCACCCAAAAUUUUGCUAUUCACACAGCUCUAAUUGUGGUAUACAAGUUUGCAGAGGCAGAAAUAACAAAUGUGUGCUCUUGUUAGUUUCAGGAGGGCUCAUCUUCAGCCUGUGGCGAAAACAAGGAUAUGUGGCCACUGCAGCAACCAAACAUUGGGUUGGCAUUGCCAAGUAUUGCAGCAUCGAUGCCAGUGGGUUUUUCUCCUGAAAACCAGCCUUUGUCAGCAACGAUAAGGCCACCUGGCUUCAUCAUGUCAAACUUGAAUUUCAGAACCCAAGCAGCCAAAAAAAAUCCAUCAACAUCCAAUGCUCAUCCUGGCACAUCGGUGCACAAUCACUUUGGACCCAGCAAGUAUACAAACAAAUAUUCUGCAUCUAAUGGCACAGCUGAUGCGAAGCCACUGUCGUCAGCAAACCCAAGUUUCACUGUAACUUUUCCUGAUCCUGAUGCAGUUUCCCAAACUUCAGUGCCAACUGCUUUGUCUCACAUACCACCAGUUAGCCAAGGUGGACUUGGCGUUACAGAACAAAUAGUACGUAUGAUGCCUGCAUAUACUUCUGAGCAAUCGGAUAUUACACUUGCAAAUUCAGCAACAUUGGCACCAAAGGUGCCUGCUGCAACAGGUGUUGAGCGCUCUGGUACCAGUGGUGCAUUCGACAAGAACUCUAUGGUGUCUAACCUUAUGAACUGCAGUGCAGAAGCCCCCAUUGCCACCAUCCAUGACAAUGCUGUUCACAGUACAGUUAUGAAAGGUGCGCCUUCAAACACCAUGCUUGAUAGCAAUGCUUUAAAGGAGGGUAGUUUACCUGCAACGUCAAGCCUCCAGUCUAUUCCUACAUACACAGCAAGUUCGUAUGCUACCACAUGGUCUACUUCAACUUUGCAGCCUUUUACAGUGUCAAAUUGCACCACACAGGUCGAUUGCACAGCGUCACCAGCCCUUGCAGAAAAUGCAUUGAAUAGCCAAGUGCCAUGGACACAUACAUCUCAGCCGUAUACUUCUGAGCCUAGCAGCUCGCAGCCACGUAGUUUGCCUCACAGUGUCUCACUUCCCAACUGUUCGCUGGCAAAUAAUUCCCGAGGCACCACUACUGAUAUCACUACUUCAGAGAUUUCAUCAAAGAGCAGCACCAAUAUUUCAAGCAAGUCUUUCCUUAAUAUUCCUCACUCAUACAAAAGUGACAAACCAGUUGCUCAGACUCUGCCACCUAAUCUUUCAUUGGCCGAGGCUUGCACUCCAUCUGGCACAUCACUACCCAAUUCUUCACCAUCCUCUAAGCUUGCUUCCAGUACAGUUAUGUCAGGCAGCUCCACAUGUGCCACCUCGAUUUCCCAUCCUCUUUUGCAUAACACUUCAAUUGCUGCUACAUUUCCAAACUGCUCAGCACCGCCCCCAUUGUUGUCCACCUCCCUUGGUAACAUAAGCUAUGGUGCAAUUCCUUGGACAUUCCCUUGGCCACCUUCACAUCCUGUCCAUGAGGCCUUAUCUAGGCCACCUGCAUGGCAUCAGCAUGGACCUGCACCAUGGGCUACGCAUGGUGCUAGGGCUGGCCCUAUCAAUUGUAAUUUACCUGGCCACGGAAACUGUACUAUGGCCAGCCAUGUUCGUGUGUCUCCACCACCCAACACCCGGCCUCCAGCGUGUACUUUCGUGAACCCUCAUCAUCUUCGACUGGGUCCUGGGCCUGUUCCUAGGCCCCCUUGGCCCACUUCGUGGACCCCCACUUGGCCUGGUCAUGGUCAGUUGACCUGGCCGUGGUCUACUUGGCCACUGCCACCAACAGAUAACAGGAGCCCUCAGGAAUCUAUCUCCAGGGCCCUUGCCAGGCCUAUGCAGUGUGCUUUGCCACCAGCGCCAUGGACUCACUUAAGGAUGAGAACUGCAGUUCUGCCUCCUCCAAACACACAGCCAGCAUCAGUGUGUGGAAUUGUUCCCUCACCUACCUUUGGGCAAAUUCUGCACCCACCGCUUCAUAGGCCACCUGUAGCUGCUGGAAUUUGCCCAUACCAAGGACAAGCUCUUCCUGGUGCUAAAACUCCACCGAAACCCAUGGCUGACUCGUUGCUUGGCCCAUGGCUUCGACCUCCGCCUCCUACACCCCGUGCCGGAGCAGCUGCACUCCACCCUGUAGCUCCUCAGCCUGGCUUGCUUAAUAUUGCCUCCACUGUGAAUAUUGUGCCUUCAGUCAGCAUAAUUGCAUCCCCUUCUUUGCCAGUGCUAUCGGAGCCCACAGCCAUACCUGUCACAGGCAGCAUUGCGGGUCCAGCUCCCCGACACAUGGCAGUUCCUCCACCACGCCAUGCUCCUAAGGUUGUGCAAGGCCGAUGUUUCAAACCGCCGGCUGGUGCUAGCCCCAAGGUAACUUCAGUUAAUCCUCCAUCAAGACUACCACCUCGCUUAGCACCACGUCUGGCAGCAAAGCUUUCCACACGGCCGGCUGGUACAUCAAGCUCUGAGAAUGGGGCUGAGAUAUCCAAUAUGCCAGAGACAGACAAACCUGUAAGUCAGCCCUGCAAAGAUGCUUCUCAAACUGUUCCUGAAAUAGCCUGUCGGCAGCCCAUUAAAACAUCCAAGGACCCUUCUCACACAGUUCCUGAAAUAUCUAGCCGGCAGCCAGCUAGACCCUGCAGAGACACCUCUCAAGCCAUUUCUGAAGUGGCCUGUAGGCAGCCUGUUGCUGGUGCUCCAAUGGACUGUGAUGGUAAAGCACUGACCAACCCUGGAAGCACUGGACACGGUGCUAAGGGGGGAUCUUCAUGUUCAUCUUGCAGCGUCUCUACAGGGCAGUGGCGUAAAGCUCCCAAUUUCAAGAGCACGCCUGGUGUCUCAAGCCAUAGCAUGCACAACAGUGAACAGAACGUGACGGCAUCAUCACUGCCGGAAAAGCGUCGCCAAGAGACUUUUAGCUCAGUUCCGCCAUAUUCGUCAUCCGGAAGAAGGAAGAAGCGACGUUAACGUUCACGAAGAACAAGUUUUAUUCAGCUCAGUGAAUUAACAAUACUGGAAAAAAAAUGCUGAGACUUGUGUUGUACUCUUUGUUCUAGUUGACUUGCCACCUGUUGUUACCGUUUGUCUUUGCAGUGUUAAUAAAAUGUUUUGCAUGUUGUCAUUUGUCCAUUAUUUGUAGUUGAAAGUAGACAUUGCAGUAGCUGUUACAGUUGGUACCAGUCUGCCAGCUAUCUAGCUUUAUUCGAUCAGCAUGCGAUGAAAUGGACAGUUCAUCGUAAAAUAAUUAACAGCGCAAUGGGUUAAACAGAAGGAAGAAAAGGACACCACGCCAACUAGCCCAACUCAAGAUUCUGCUUCAGAAUGGACGGU